AUGUCGACCAUCCCUCCGAUACGACUGAACCCCGUGAAGCCUCCUCUUUCCACAGGAUGCUGUCUCUCCCCCCUCCUCUUCCUGCCGUACCUGACCCGCCACUACCACCCGCUCGCCGUGCUUCUCCUCCUCAGCCUCUACGCCUGCAUCGCCUUCCCCCUCCUCGGCUCGUCCCUCUCUGCGGCCACCGUCUGCAGCCAGACCCGACGCGCCCUCCUCCUCCACUGGACGGCCCUGGUGAAGGUCUACGACUCGGCCGCCGUCCUCGUCUGCGGGAUCUCGAAGGCCCUCGCCCUCGCGCAUCGUCUCUACUGGCGACUGGAGGGAUUCCGCACCACCACCAAUCAGGUGGUGUUCUUCAUGAUGGCCGAGAAGUCCCUGUGCCCCGAGCAGCGUUUCACCUGCCUCUACUCCCUUCAGUUCUACACGAUCCUCGCCCACCUCGGAAGAUCCUUGACGGAGAAGAGCAGAAGUCUUCGAUUCCAUGCGACGGGAAAAAACGGAAAGGAAGUGCUUCUUCCCUGCCCCCCCUCCCCCUCCCCC